AUGUCCGUUGCGAAGACUAGUGUUCAAAUUGCUGUGGUGGAAGUCCAAGAGACCUUUUCUUAUGAUGUUACGAAGAAUAACUACCAACGGCAACCAUUAGAACCGUUGGUUAUAGUGGAUAAUAAUAGUAUUCCAGAGAUAUCAAAUCCCGAGUAUCACAAGCCAAAAGGGCAUCCUCCCAAACAUUAUAAGUCGCAAAUGGAAAUGACCAGUAAACAAAACAUAACUUCAUCUUCUAAGACGUGUAGUUAUUGCUUAGAAAAAGGUCAUAAUAUCAGAAGCUGCGCAAAAAACAAAGCUUCUGUUCAGUAA